AUGACCCUUGGUCAAAUACAACGACGAUACGCAAAAAGUAAUCUCGAACUUGUCGAAAGACGAGAAUUCUCUCAACAACAUGCAUCCAUGAUACACAAAAGUCAAGAUUCUUCUUCGUAUCAAAAUCUUCCAUCCUCGUACUCUCUCCUUUCAGAUCCUUUGUAUGUCAAUUGCUCUCAACUGCAUUCGAUUCGACAUGAUUUGGAUUGCGGCUGUUGGGCUUUUGCCAUUGCAGAAGCUGUUGGCGAUCGAUUCUGUGUGGUCACUCAAGCUCGAAUCAAUCAUGUCAUGUCUCCUCAAUGGUUAAUUUCAUGUGAUAAGAAUGAUGGUGGAUGUGAGAAUGGUGCUUUCGAUACGGGCUUACAGUUUGUGGAACAAGUAGGAUUAGUGACAGAAUCAUGUGUACCAUUUCAAGCAAAUGAUAACAUGGCUUGUCCUUCGUAUUGUACUUCCAAUGGACAACUCAUUUCAUCAACAUUUAAAACCACAAAUUCUCGACUCUUCAACGUGACCGAUAUGGAAUCAGUUCAAACAAGUAUUCUGAAAAGUGGUAGUAUCAUUGCUGGAAUGAAAGUCUAUAGAGAUUUCUUGAAUUAUAAAAGUGGAGUGUAUCAUCAUGUGGCAGGUCCGUGGUUAUUUAAUGUCGGUGUGAAAAUUGUUGGAUGGGGAGUUCAGCCAGGAACUGGUGUGCCUUAUUGGAUUGCUGCAAAUUCAUGGAGUUCGGAUUGGGGAAUGAAUGGAUACUUUUUCAUUGCUCGAAAUCAAAACGAGUGUGAAUUGGAAAUGAAUAUGUGGGAAACGACACCUCUUCUUAAUUGA